AUGGAGAUCAAAACAGUCUUAGUUAUUCACACUUUGAUGUUGAUUGUAGGAGGCAUAAGAGAAUGUCUGGCAAAAAAGUAUCUUACAGUGGCAGAAGGAGAAACACUGGUAUUGAAAUGUCCUCGAAAAAACUUCAGUGAGAAUAGACACAUGGAGUGGAGAAAUCCACAAGGCCAUCUUUUGUUCUUUAACAACGAAAAAGCGCUAAGAGACCCAAGAAGCAGCAUUUUUACUUUAAACAACUCUGAAUAUACAUUUCACCUGUCCAACAUUACCUUAAAUGAUGAAGGGCUUUAUAAAUGUCUACUAUAUGACAAUACAGUCAUUACAAAAAGAUUCAAAGUUAAAGUACUGGGAAUGCCAAAAAUAGAAAUGGCCGAGUAUAAAGAUAAAACAAUCAUCAAGUGUUCAGCAGAAGCGAAUGGCCACCCACCUGAACUCUCAUGGCUAAUCAGUGGGGUUGAAAUCGAAGCUCUACCCAAUACCUUGCGGGAGGAAAGAUCCGACAGGUCACUUGCAGUUAGCAUCUUAACAGUCAAAACUCAUAUCAGGAGAGCAACGGUGAUGUGCCUGGCAAAACAUACCGCUCUCCCAAAACAACUGAUAGAUUUCGUCACUAUUGAAAAUCACUCUGUUACAGCCUCCACGACAAGGUACUCCAGUACUAGAGAUGAGCUAAAAACUGACACAAUGAUCACAGCCACUUCUGCUCCUGCCAUUAGCAGUACAGCACACAUGGAACUGUCAUCAAUUUCAGAAAGUACUGAAGUGCUCCCAACAGAAGACGUCACUACCUCAAACAGCAUGCAAGUAGAGGAACAUUCCACAGCAAUAGAUAUAAGCUUGAUAACACACAACAUAAACUCUUCGGAAUCAAACUCACCUGAUGAAUUCCUGACCAAAAAUGCCACCAACUCACAAGGUUUUGGCAAACAACACGAUCUAAAGGAAAGCUCACACUUGCUGAUCCUGCUGGUCACAUGCCUUGUUAUAUGCUUGUUUAUUGUAGUCAUCUUCUUUGUGAUCAGACUGCGAAGGGCACAUAUAGCCUGGAAAAAAGAGAAUGAAGAAUCAGACCAGUCUGUGGAAAGCAGCAAAUCAAAAUCCAGUCAUGAAGAAAAGCAGGCCCAGCAAAGGAGAAGACAAGGUUUUUGGAACUCAAAUUUCACAGAAUACAAAGUGGAAGAAACUCCACAGAAUACAGCAAAUUCAGUAGCUACAGUAGAUGUGAUCACUGAAACACAAGACAAUUCAACAGAAGCUUGUAACAAACUUGACAGAGCUUGUGUCAAGGAGACUGAACUUUAGAGGAGAAUUCAGCAGGUUCUGAAUCCUCAUAAAAGACUGAACUGAUUUUGCAGUUCUGUUAUGAACAAUGGUGCUCACUAAAAGAUGAUGAAUAUAGCUACCAGUU